AUGACUCUUGAAGUGUCUGCAGCUUUGGAUCGUGAUGCGGCUAUUUACCUCACUGGCGAAGUUAUCAUCGUCAAGGUGACACUGAAAAACUUAGCUCCUAAAGGUCGUGAGUCCCUGGCAUGGGGAAGCGUGCAACUCACUAGUGUACGUAUACAUCUCGGAACAACUGUUGAACACUUGCAGCGAGCCGUCGUUGAAGAAAACAUGGGAAAUAAGACCGAAGGAAAGAGUAACACAACAGUGCAUUCGAAUGACUAUGUGGUCUGUGCUUUUGCAUCGGAUAGUUCUUUUCGGUUAUCUAUUCCAAUGCAUGCAUCGCCAACUUUCCAUACGGACACAGUUCACUUGAAAUGGAGAUUACGAUUUGAGUUUGUCACCUCUGCUCCGCUUAUAAAUGUAGUGUAUGGUGAAGUCUGUAAGGCACCAAUAGAUGUCCCCAUUGAGACUUUGGCAUGGAAAGUGGACAUAUACGUGCUGCCAUGCAGCCCACAAAACGCGGCCCUCACCGAUUCAUCCCAUGUCGGAAGUGCGACAAUGAUCUCAUAG